UUUAGAGAUGGAACUUCGAAUUAAAAAUUUAAACUGCAUUGGAAAUAAUAAUAUUUUCUAGUUUUGUUUUUAAUCAGUGACAAAGUUCAUUUCUUUUCACAUUAUACCGGAGAAUGACAUCAUACCUAUGACCAAGCUUUGUCGUUAACUUUUAUUUUUCAUCUUCCCGCGGACAGCUGCUGCACGUACAUGUCGACGGCGGUGACGAAAUCUCGUGUUCUGUUUCAAAGUGUUGCUGCCAUCUCUGGAGCGCAUGCUGUGUCGAUCCAUUCCCAAGCGCGGAUAUUAUCUUCUGAGCAGAACCGACUGCAUCAGCUCCUUCAAACCAUGCCCAAAGAAACUAAUCUUCGUCAUAUCAAAAAGCGAGAAGCCAUCCCCAAUCCCAUCGUAUCGGAGGCUUUUUUUCAAGUCGUUGGCGAUGGGACGGUAGGUUCGCCUCGUGUUGCGUUGCUGGUCACGUCGUUCUCGCGGUAUCUUUUCAACUGCGGUGAGGGCACACAGCGGAUCAUACACGAACACAAGCUCAAGUUGGCACGGGUGGAAAAUGUAUUUUUCACAACCAAAAGCUGGUCAAAUAUUGGCGGUCUGCCUGGACUGACUUUGACGGUGCGAGACAUCGGGGUUCCUCGUUUGGCGCUGCACGGACCCAAAGGGGUGGAGGAUCUGUACGAGAAUGCCAAGCAUUUUCUGAUGGUACAGGAUAUGGAUAUUACCUAUCGUCCGCUGCAGUGUGAAAGUUUCGCCGAUUAUGCAGUGACAAUUAAAUAUGUUCCUCUAUUUCCGGAUGCCGAUCAGUUCCCCUCUAAUACCCUGACUGCAGAUCACACCUCACCGGAAAGGUCUCCCAAAAAACGUCGUGCAAGUGCUUCUGCCGGUGCUCCUACCCCGGACGCCGUCGCGUACAUAGGAAAAUUAGCUGAGAAACCUGGCCAGCUGAUUAUAUCCAAAUGCAUUGAAAUAGGAGUGCCACCGGGUCCUCUCUUGGCCCAGCUGAAGGAUGGCCAUGAAGUGACUUUACCAAACGGUCGAAUAGUUAAACCAUCGGAAGUGUGUUUGCCGAGUGAGCCUGGGCCGGUGUUUGUAGUCGUGGAAUGUCCAACGGAAGCGCAUCUGUCAUCAUUAAUCCACAAUCCGGCAUUCGUUCCACACCAGGGAAAUACUGCCAUCGACUCGGAGCAAGCGGUUUUAGUGAUACAUUUCACUCCAUCUCGUGUAGUUCAGCGGCCGGAAUAUCAGCAGUGGACCGAUGCAUUCGGUGCUGGUACCCAACAUUUUUUCAUCAACGACGCUAAUCAUAAUCCAAGUAGUAUGGCUGUGUACCGCUUACAGUCCAUGCUGAAUUUGGUGGACGAUGACAUCUUUCCUUUGUUGCCGUUGCAACGGACACUGAAAGUUGGAUCUGGGGAAUCAUUCAGGCAAGCGUCGCAAGUCGUGGCAUCGAAAGACAAUGCCCGUGCUUCUGAAGACUGCAACAGUCCGCAGUCACUUCCGUGGGCGUGCGCUCAGGCGACGGCUCUUGAUAAGUUCUUUCUCCGACCUCUCGGAAAUUGUGCGGACAAAACAAACUGCUUUUCGUUGGAUAAUAAUGCGUACAGAGAAGAAGCAUUAGCCAUGGAAGGUGUCAGAGAAGCGCUCGAAGAAUAUAAGAACUGCAUCGCUUCCGAAAACCGUAAGAUUCAGUGGCAGGAAUCUGAUGUUAUAUUUUUGGGAACUGGCUCAGCGAUCCCGGGUAAGGUCAGGAAUACCAGCGGUAUUCUUUUACGGUGUGACAAAGAGCGCUCAGUUAUCUUGGAUUGUGGAGAAGGUUGUGGUCAGAUUUACCGAUUUUUCGAUAAAGAAGUGGCAGAUGAGGAACUGCGAAAAAUUAAAGCAAUUUUUAUCUCUCAUACACAUGCCGAUCAUCAUAUUGGCUUGAAAGGAAUACUGGAUGGACGGCGGGAGAGUUUUGAGCGGGCGGGUUUGCCAUGUGAACCCGUAUGGCUGCUUGUACCCGAGCCGUUGAUCCUGUUCUUGCGGACCUUGGGUUAUGGGAAGGACAGAGCGCAGAACGAGGUUAAAGUGGUAGAGUGUGGAAGAAUUAGACAUCGGUUCAUCGAUUUAACCCACACCGAAAGAGAAUUUCUCCAUUCUCUGAAUAUGAGCGAACUGCGGCUCGCUGAUGUCAUACACUGCUCCCAGUCGUAUGGUAUCAGUUUAACUUCAAAGCUGGGAUGGAAAAUUUGCUAUUCUGGGGAUACUGUUCCGUGCGAUGCUCUGGCUGAGAUCGGUAUGGGGUGUGAUUUAUUGAUCCACGAAGCCACUAUGGAAGAUCUGUUGGCCGUGGAUGCUGCCAAAAAGCGCCACAGUACCACGAGCCAAGCUAUUGAUAUGGGACGUAAAAUGAAGGCCAAAUUCACCCUCUUAACGCAUUUUAGCCAGCGGUACGCUAAGAUCCCACUUCUUCCCAAAGGGCUUCCUAUCGAUGUGGGCAUCGCGUUUGAUAAUAUGCAGCUACGUUUUUCGCAUCUCCAUCGAAUACCGCGAAUGCUUCCGGCACUAAAUGCCAUCUUUACCGAACACAUUGAAGUAAUGCAGACGCGUACGGAAAAAAAGGAAAGAAGGCGGGACUGGGAAAUGAAAGCUGCCCUGGAGAAAACUGAUGUUGGUGAGACGACCAAAGAAGAAGGGAACUCUGCGACUGCUGUGAUUUGAAGCAAAAGUGAAUCUUUGUUAAAUGGUUGCCGAUCGGGUUGUGCUUGCUUGGUUUCCUGUAUCAUCGAAGAAAAGUAUGUGCAUGGCUAAGUUCGGAUUUUUAUUACGCGCGUUGUAACUUUUGUUUGAACCUGUUUUUACGGAAAACAUUAAAUUUCAAACUACUGAGUGAAAUUUUAACGUGGUCCGAAACGUAUUGUCGUGUUUUGAUCUAAUUUUUUUUCAUAUUUUACUAUUUUAUUUGCUUAAGGUAACCGUAAGUACUGUAAUACCGCGAUUACUGACACUGCAGUAUUUUAUA